CCUUAUUUGUUGACAGCAAGAGCAAGAUGACAUGACAAUGACAACGCGUCUAACCUCAAAAUAUUAAUAAAAUAAUAACAUUAGGGAAUAAAAUAAAUAAAUAAGGAUGUUGCUUCUAUAUUUAUUAGGCGUCUUGUCAUAUAUAGUACAAGCGAUAUUUAUAACUUUGGCUGUUGCGGCUGGACUUUAUUAUUUAGCUGAAUUAAUAGAGGAAUAUUCAGUGACAGCAAAAUACGUGAUAUCUUGGUUAAUUUUUGGUACAGCGGCUAUUCAUAUUGGUUUAAUGAUAUUCGAAGAUUUACCUCUGUAUUUAAAUAUCCUGGGUUUGCUGCAGCAAUUUAUUCAUUGGAUGAUGAUACGAGAUUUCCCUGUGAUCAAAAUGACGAGUGUCAGUUUAUUAGCUUCUGUGGUUAAUUUGAUUUUACACCAUUACUUGGCGUUUAAGUUUUUUGGCACUGCAUAUAUUGCUUUCUCAGAGGUGUUAGGAUAUUUCACAAUAUGUUUGUGGCUGGUUCCACUGACAUUGUUUGUGUCUCUGACUGCCAAUGAUUAUGUACUACCAACACGAGGAGAGAAGCAACCAUUACUAGGUGAUAACAAUGUUGUGACAGAUUAUCUGUCGCGUAAAGCGAACACAUACAGUCUGCUGUCAUUUUUCAGUUACGCGAAAGAUUCAAUACUUCCGCAAAGAAGUAAAAAGGCAUUUUGAAAUUAGUUCAAUUGUGUUUAUAAAAGUUUACAUUUUCUGUGCCACUGACUCGCUUUACGAGUUUACGUAAAACGGCACUGGACGUGUUGAAUGUCAAAUUUGACAUUGACAGAUGACAUUUCGAAGUGAAGCUGUCAAAUAAAAGGCAAAGGUUAAUAUCAUACAGCCAAAGUUUACAUAACAUUAUUAUAUUGUUUAAAUGGGUAUUUAAUUAGUUUUUUUUAGGCGAUUUAGAUUUUGUAGAUUUUUCAAUUUAGAAUGGCUAGAAAUUUAAAUAGUCUGAGCUAUAGUUUGCAAUAAUCCCGUUUUAAAAAAAAAUUGGACAAUAUGAAAUUUCAUAGACUGUAUAUUAACUUUAACAAGUCUUUGUUUUUUCUAUGAAAAGAGAAUUAAGAUAUGUUUACAUAAUUGGCACUCGGAAAUAUGACUUUAGUUUCUACACUUCCUUGCCUCGUAGGUUUUUAAAUACUCUUAUUUAUUUAUGUAACAUAAAAUAGAUUGUUUUGUAAGAAUUUAAGAAA